AUGUAUCCAUGCCUAGAUUUUGAAGCUUUGAAAGAGGAAAUCAUAAGGGAAAGGCUCCAGGGGAAAGAGACCAAUGAGGUUGAUGUGGGUGCACGGACGGAGUCCAACUCGGCGGUGUGUGGCUUCACGAGUGGGCUCAAGAGCGACCUGAAAAGCGAGAUAAAGGACGAGGUAACGAAGGCCCCGCAAAACUGCUCAGCCAAGGAGCCCCCAAGUAGCUCAAAGGAGAACAUCGAGGUUAUGUACGCGAAGAUGGUCAUCAAAACGAUAAACGCAACCUACCUGUACAACUACUUCCAGCAGUUGCUAGACCAAGGAAACAAUAGGUGCCUUUUCCUCGUUGACCUACAGAUGGAAAGGGAAUUCCAAAUGUAUCACAUCACAAGUGCUGUACAUAUAACAAACGAACCCCUAAUCGACAAAAUGAAGAAGGAAAUCGGGUUGAAACAGAACGCAAAGGUAGUAUUUUAUCAUACGAAAGAAAGGGUUCAAAACGACUCCCGUUAUGACCGCCUCCUAUAUAGCCACUUCGCCAAUGUGAAAGCUAACUUUUAUUUCCUAAAGGGAGGCUAUAAAAAUUUUGAAAGGGAAUACUGCUUCUUAUGUAUAUCGAAAAAUAGACCUAACAGAACCUUAUCAGCCAUCAGCAAUUUCAGAGGUUCUCUUAACUACCCCAUAAAAUUCUGUAGCAACCUUUUCGUGGGAACUCUCAUCCAUAUUACCAAUCCGUUCAUAAACAGCCAUUUGAAGAUAAAAUAUGUCUACGAUUUUACCGACUCAGGACAUGAGAUGACAAAUGUAAAAGGAAUAAAAUACUCCAGAUAUAAUGUGAUAGACAGAAUUGUAGAAAAUUCAAAUACACGCAAAGGUCAAUGUAUAAAGUAUCAACACUUUUUAGACGUCCGAAUGGUGUAUGACAUUAUACAGAGCAUUCUGCAAAAUGUUAAUCUGUACGAAAAUAGCUGCGCACUGGAAUCCAAGGUUCUAAGUGGAAAUAAACAUAAAGAAAACGAUUUAGAAAAGGGAACUCAGGAUAUGACGAAGUCAAGCGCUAGUGCAGAUAGAAGACCAUCACAGAAAGAUGCAAUGCUGAAUAUUUCCAACGAAGAAAGGAUGCAGAACGGAAAUGUACUAAUCCUAUGCAAUCAGAGUAUGACAAAUAAUACGAGGGGAAAUGUCAACAGCAUAAGUUUAAUAAUCGCCAUGUGCUAUCUUAUGUACACGAAAAAGUAUGACCCCAAUGUAACCAUUGCGUAUGUGCUUAGGAUAAACAAUAAUUUAAGCAUAAGUGCCCAGACGCUGAAUUUUCUAUACAAGUUUCACGCUAGCUUGAAGAGAUAUGACUACAACUUAGACCUGUACUAUUCCCAUGAGACGAAAAGAAAAAUGGACAAAAAAUGUGUAACCACUUGUAACCAGACGGACGCUACUUCGAAUGAAAGCUGCAAAACGGAAGAAGCAGAGCAGGAGACGCAAUUGGGUAAAUAUAAUAGUACCCUAAGGCAAAUAAUAGAAAAUCCUGGAUUCAUGCAACUUAUCAGAAGCUACAGAUUUGAAAACCCCUAUAUUACGAUCAGCAACGCAAAUGAAUGCAUUCUGCCCAUAAAUAGAUUAGACCUGUUUGAGAAUAUGCACCUAAUGAACGAAAUGAUUAAGAAAGGAGCACACAUUUCUUAUCAAAACAUUCUGCAGUCUUUGCUUGUUCGAAUACACAACAACAAUGUUGCUAUUCAUGUUGAUGGUGAAGAUAAUGAAGUCAAUUUGUACGAGAUUUCCAAUGUACUAGAUAUGGCUGCCAAAAUUAUGGCUGAUAAGAAGGUAAAAAAUCCGCGUAAAAUGCCAUACUUUUCUCUAAUCACCAUUAAUUUAUGCAAAUCUUUGUCUCUUUACGAAAACAAUGAAGAACUCCAUUUCAGUGAAGGUACCACGGAAGAGACUUUAGUAAUGAACCCCCUAUUUCACUACGAAAUGCUGAAAUAUAAUUUGUUCGACCUAAUAUGCAUUAAUAUCGAGGAAUGCAUCAAAUAUAUUAUGAGUUGUAAUCUCAGAAAGCGUUCCCCCAACAAAGCCAUAGAUGAAUACAGAAUAUCCAUAAAUAUUGAUGCAAAUUACCUACAUGAAAGAAAUAUCGAUCAAGAUUGUUACUUGAUGUUCCUGUCACUAAGGUACCUCUUGAAUUGCUUUCUUUAUUAUUGCAUGUAUCCCACUUUUAGAAGGGAAACCAAUUUACACAACGAGAAAGUUACAAAUCUACUAACCACAAUUGAUCAUUUUGCUGAAUAUUACUACUCCGUUUUUAAUGUAAAUAUUAAUGUAUUCCGAAAGAAUGAUUACAAGGCACAAAUAUGUUCCUGUGAUAAAUUGCCAUUGCACUUUAAAGAUAUAUUAAGACCCUUUUUAAUAAUAAACAACCACGUGUGA